CCAGGGGUGGGGUGGGCGAUGCGGCCACCGGCAAGCGCGGUCUACCGGCAUUCACUUCCACCGUGGCGCCGCGCGGUGGCCAUAUCGAUGGUGUUCCUCGUGUUGUCCUUCCUCCCCAUUGCUAACGCAAGGACACUGCUGCGCUACCACCGGAAGCACCGGAGACACCACCACGGACACCACAGCCACAUCUCUCAGCCCCCAUCGGCGCUUCCUCCCUACGUCGUCGAUGGCGAUUCUCCGGUGAAACCACCGGAUCUUUCUCCGGGGUUCCGCGACGCCCCUCCGCCGCGCUCUCGAAACACCAGGCCGUGCUCGCUGUCACACCCUCCUUCCAAACCACCGGCCUUCUCACCUGUGGGCGCGCCAAGGUCGCCCACUCUAGCCAAGCCACCGUCACAUUCUCAUGCCAAGCCACCGUCGAUUUAUCUCACUAAGCCGCCGGCGCUCCCGCCGGCCGAGCAACCCACGCUUCCACACGUCAAUCCAGCGCGCAUUCCCCCGGCCAAGCCACCGAUACCAUCGCCGGCGCAGUCUCCUGCCAAAUCGACGCCACAACACAACGCGAUUCCUCCAGCGGCCUCAAAUGGCCUGGCAUUUUCUGCUGCCAAUCCACCAGCAUUCUCGCCGGCGCAGUCACCGCCACGCCCCUCUGCAAAGCCGCCGAUACACUAUCCAGUACAGUCACCAACGGCACCACACCAUGCGAUCCCUCCCGCGGCAGCAAAGCCCCCACCAUUUGCUCCGUACCAGCAUCCAGCACUAUCGCCGCCGGCGCAGCCACCCGCCAUUAAGUCACCAACACCACCGUUUGCUCCUACCAAGCCUCCAACACUAUCGCCGCCGGCGCAGCCACCCACCAUUAAGUUGCCAACACCACCGUUUGCUCCUACCAAGCCUCCAACACUAUCGCCAGUGCAGCCGCCGCCACUGCCAUUGCCAAAGCCACCGGCAGUACCUCCAGCCAUGAGAGAGGCAAAGCCUCCCUCAGCGCUCCCGCCGUCAGCGCCAGCUUCCUGCAGGAACGUAUUCGACGUGAGGGCGUUCGGCGCGUCAGGCAACGGCUCGUCCGCCGACGACACCCGCGCCUUCCGUGCGGCGUGGAAGGAGGCGUGCUCUGCCGAGUCCGCCACGCUGCUCGUGCCGUCGGACGGCGUGUUCACGGUCACCUCCACCGUGUUCACGGGGCCGUGCAAGCCCGGGCUCACCUUCCAAAUUGACGGCGUGCUGAUGCCACCGGACGGGCCAGCGAGCUGGCCGGAGGCGGAUAGCCGGCGCCAAUGGAUAACCUUCUAUAAGACCGAUGGCAUGACGCUCACGGGAGGAGGAACCAUUGAGGGCAACGGGGAGGAGUGGUGGAAUCUUCCGUGCAAACCUCAUAGGGGCCCGAACGGAUCAACCCUACCCGGACCAUGUGACAGCCCUGCACUCAUACGGUUCUUCGUCAGCAACAACGUGAGUGUCCAGGGUCUAAGGAUCGAGAACAGCCCGCAGUUCCACCUCAAGUUCGACAACUGCGACCAGGUGCGCGUGGACGGUCUCUUCAUCAGCUCGCCGGCGUUCAGCCCCAACACCGACGGCAUCCACGUCGAGAACACCAAGUCCGUCCAGAUACACAACUCCAGGAUAAACAACGGCGACGACUGCAUCUCCAUUGGAGCCGGCUGCUCCGCCGUCCACAUAGAGAACGUGACAUGCGCUCACGGGCAUGGCAUCAGCAUCGGGAGCCUGGGCGUGCGCAACACGCGGGCGUGCGUCUCCAACGUGACGGUCAGAAACACACGGAUCGUCGACUCCGACAACGGCCUCCGCAUCAAGACGUGGCAGGGCGGCGCCGGCUCGGUGUCGGCGGUCGAGUUCGCCGGCGUCCGGAUGGAGAACGUCAGGACCUGCAUCGUCAUCGACCAGUACUACUGCCUCGGAAACGGCUGCGCCAACCAGACCUCCGCCGUGCGCGUCGCCGGCAUCACGUACCAGGACAUCCGCGGCACCUACAAACAGCAGCCGCACGGCGGUGGCGGGCCCAUCCGCUUCGCGUGCAGCGACACUGUCGCCUGCACGGACAUCACCAUGACCGACGUGGAGCUGCGGCCAGCCGCCGGCGGCAGCAGCAGCGAGGCGACGCUGGCUCGCCCGUACUGCUGGAACGCGUACGGGGCGGUGGCCACGCUCACGGUGCCGCCAGUUAACUGCUUGCAAGAAGGCAGGCCUGAGUCCCUGCAAGAUCAGCUCGACACUUGCUCUCUCGCUGAGCAUCACAUGGGAACACCUGUUUCAUAACAGUUUUAUGUUUCAUCUCGCUAGUUCAUUCAAACAACC